AUGAGUCACUACCGACGGUCGUCCAUGAGUCGCUUGUCUGUCAGCAGCAGCGUAGCAGCGGUACCCACUGCGCUGCGCAACGACGCGAUUCUGUACUUGACGAUCAUGUCAGGACGCGAGCUGAAGAACGUGCAGACGCUGGGCGAGCAGGAUCCGUAUUGCAGCGUCUAUUUGACCACGGGCGGGAUCGAGCAGGAGAAGGCAGCGUUUAAAACCGACACACAUGACAACGGAGGCACACAGCCAAUGUGGAAUGCCAAGGGACACGUUCUGAUACCUGACAUUUCGUCGGACGUCAUUCGCUUCCGCGUAAAAAACAACAACUGGGGCAAAAAUACGGUGAUUGGGGAAAUCGCACUGGCCAUGCGGGACUUGUCUCGUGGACGGUCGAUGGAAAAAGAGUUUGCGCUGACACCUAAGGGGUACCUGAAGGUGCUCAUGUACCUCUCGCUCGGUCACGAAAACCCGACGUCCCAACCGCGUGUGAAGUUUGGCGAAUACCCUCAACACUUUAUUCCUGGAAAGACGAAACUGUACGUGGGACUCAUCUCUGGCAGCAAGCUGCGUGACAUCCAGUCGUUCGGUACGCAAGACCCGCUCUGCGAGGUGUACAUUGGACGCAGUCGCACGCCGUCCGUCAAGGAUAUGGUGUACAAGACGAAGACUCAUGAAAACGGAGGCAAGAACCCGCGCUGGAUCGAAGGCCUCACGGUCAGUGUUCGAUGCAUCGAGCACGACUUUCUCGUGAUUCGCGUCAUGAACCACAACACUAUGAUAAAUAAGCUCAUUGGGGAGCUGUGCCUCAAGGUCGAACUGCUGAUCAGCCGCAUGUUCGAAGACAAGAGCUAUCCCAUUGAAGCAGACGAUACGAUCGUUGGCCAAGUACGACUUCAGCUUGCACUGUUCAACGACGAGAUCAUGGACGAAGACGAGAUCCGCGACUGCGACGUCGACGGGUGCUCGUGCGCGUUGACGCAGCCAGUUCGGGCUACAAAAGUCGGCGACGUGCUGAUUGACGGCAUUUCGCCCCAUGGCGUGCAGUAUUUGGAAGCUGGUACUGCCGUACAUACUGGAUGCGAAAUUGCUGGUAAUUAUGUCAUAGAUAAGGACGUGUACGAAGGCGAUAGCUGGGAAGGUGACAACUUGGACUCGGAGCCGUCGUCAGGCAGCGACGAGUGGGAAGGCGACGAAUUAUGA